UGCGGCUGUUAUUGGUCGGCCGGCUCCACUGCAUUACGUGCAGCUCGUUACAAGCUACGAGCACGUUUGUGGUAACGUUGUUGAAGUGCUGCCGUAGUUUUUCUCCAACACACUAACACAAGGAGAAUGGCUUUCUUGCCCACAUCUUACAUGUCAGACCCACUGGGUCUUCAUUCUCCUGAUGUCAUGAGAACGCAGGUAGCACAGAUGCUGAAAGGAAUUGACAGGUACAACCCAGAAAAUCUGGCAACUCUUGAAAAGUACGUGAACCUACAAGCCACAGAGAACUUCUACGAUCUGGAGGCAAACCUCGCCGUGCUGAAGCUUUAUCAAUUCAAUCCUGACAGCUUCCAAAAGGAUGUGGUGGUCAAAAUCCUUCUCAAGGCACUGACAAAUCUUCCUCACACUGACUUCGUUUUGUGCAAAUGCUUGAUUGACCAGGAUAGGCUCUCGGAGCCUGACAUACUGCUGGCUAUGACGUUGCAUUCUCUUCUGGAAAGUUGUGAUUUCCAGCAGUUCUGGAACAUCUUCUCAAUGAGGUCAUCUUUCCAUCAAAGUAUCAAAGGCUUUCGAGAUUCCAUCAGAAAGUUUGUGUGCUAUGUGAUAAGCAUGACCUACCAAAACAUCUUCAAGGCACUGCUGUGCGAUUUCCUGGAUCUUAACGAUGGUCCUGAGCUUCAAGGCUGGAUUGCCAGUUACGGAUGGAAGGACAUGGGGAAUGGUUACGUUUUUGUUUGCAACCAGGAGGAAAUCGUCAAGACGAAGAACAUUACAGAGAAGAUUGACUUUGAGAGUGUGGAAGCUAUUAUGGCAAGCUGCAGGUAAAGAAAUAAAUCUGCAGCAUGAGUUUUCAUGACACAUGCCAGUGUCGCAA